AUGCCAACAAGCAGUAUCUCCACGCCUAUCGAGAGAGAAGUCUCUGGAAUGGCGGUUGUGUCCCAUCGUGAACCCUCGUUUGAAGAGGAAGUUCCAUUCCUGGCUCAGGUGGCUUCUCGCGUCCAAGAGACCUCCCCAACGCCCCGGAUUCUUCCCCGCGGCCGUUCCCAGAUCCACCGCUUCGAGGUCAUCAACCUUCCCGAAAUUCCGAAACAGUCGGAUAUCAAUCGUCGACUUUACGUUUCCCACUUCCUUUCUACAUGGAAUUCUCGGGUUUUCGAAUUUGGUGCCGUACUGUUUCUGGCACGUAUCUUCCCAGGUACUCUUUUACCAUCGUCAGUAUAUGCUCUUGUACGUGCUGCAUCUGCCAUUUGCUUUGCACCGUUGGUUGGGCGAUACGUCGAUCAAAGAGAUCGUCUGAAGGUUGUAAGAAUCUCAAUUGUUGGUCAACGAGGGGCUGUAAUAUUAUCAUGUCUGGGCUUUUGGGCUCUAGCUACCGAUAUCCUAGGCAUUCCGGGCUUCAGACCUUUGCUCAUAGCUAUGCUGGUUCUUCUGGCUUGUGUGGAGAAGCUCGGCUCGAUCAUGAACAUCAUAGCGAUCGAGCGAGACUGGGUCGUUGUGGUAGCGGAGACUUCUCAGUGCGGGCUCGAAGUCCUGAACUCUCAAAUGCGGCGCAUCGACCUAGUGUGCAAGCUCGUCGGUCCUCUCGCUGUAGCUUUGGUGGAUGGAUACUCUACAACGAUAGCGAUCGCAGCUGUCCUAGGCAUGGAUGCUUCAUCCGUGCUAAUAGAAUACUUCGCUAUCGCAAGGGUCUACUACAUGGUACCAGCACUCCAGGCACGUUCUGCCGUCGGGAACAAUACCGAUAAAAUCUCGUCCGCCGUGUCAGAAGUGCCUUCAAUAUGGCGGCUUGGAACAUUUUGUGUGGCGCAAACUCGGUCUUUCUACAAGGCUAUCUCAAGUUACAUCCGCGACACGGUCUUCCUUCCUUCGAUGGCGCUCUGUCUCCUCUAUUUCACCGUCCUCUCUUUUUCUGGCCAAAUGGUGACAUAUCUCCUCUCCGUAGGUCUCUCCUCCGCGCAAAUUGGCGUUCUGAGAACAUUAUCAACUGCAGUUGAGCUUUCUGCAACAUGGCUCGCGCCAACAGCUAUGAACAGAGUCGGUCCGCUACGAGGAGGUCUGUGGUUCAUCAAUUGGCAGAUCACAUGCCUCGUGGGAGCAUUUGGCUUCUUCUGGGUCAUGCGUACACCUUCAGUGGCCGCAUUCGGGUUGGUAAUCGGGGUAAUAGCGAGCCGUGUUGGACUGUGGGGAUUUGAUCUGUGCGUACAAAUCAUCAUCCAGGAGGGAGUCGACGCUGAUUCAAGAGGAUCCUUCUCCUCUCUUGAAGCUUCUUUUCAGAAUUUCUUUGAGCUCUGCUCGUACGCAACGACAAUCGCAUUCUUUCGUCCCGAACAAUUCCAGUAUCCGGCGGCAAUAAGCGCUGUAGCAGUCCUCGUAGCGGGUGGUCUGUACGCGAAAUUUGUACGAGACAACAGAGGGCAUUUGAUUCAUCUAUCAAAGUGUAUUGAGGGAAAGGGGAGCGCGAGACAACGAAAGCGGAGGCAGAGAGGAGACGCGAGUAUGCACGAACUUCCAUGA